AUGUCCUCUAACCGGACUUAUGCCGAGCUCCUAGAGAAACAGGGUGAACGACUCCAGAAAAGGUGGAGGUCAAUCAUUGACAAAUAUUCUAAAGUGGACCUUGACGAACAAGGCGAUCUAAUAGAUUUGCACACCGGUGAGAUCGUGGAAGACAAUGGUCACUUGGAAUCAGUGUCUUCCAGAAAGCAUAAUAUAUGGAAAGCGGAGAAAGAGGAUAUUCUAGAUGAAGAUUUUGAGAGCACCGAGGAUAUCGAAGCGGUAGACCAAAAUUCAGAACAAGACAUUGGUGAGGAAUCCAGUUUGGAGAGAAGUUCAGAUGAGACUUCAGGAGCGAGCUCAAAUGAGAGUUCAAAUGAGAGCCCAGAGAACUCCGAAGAUAACUCAGAGAUAAAGUCAAGUCAGGGAGAUGUUUCAAAGGAAUCUUUGAGCGAGGACUCAAAGGCUUCGAACGACCAAGAAGAACCGGAAGACCAGAUCAAUAAAAGGAACAAGUUAAAGAAGACCUCUAAGCUUACCUUGCAGGAAAGCUUGCCAGUAUUUAAGAAAUCGUCUCUAGAUCCCAGUUCAAAUGAUCUACGAUAUGACAAGCGGGAUAACAGAUUGAUAGCGGAUGAAAACAGUCUUAGCCUGCGAGACAAUCUCAUAUUGAUCAAUAAAAACACCAGCACCCCCUUCUCUUCGCCGUUGCGAAGAAGUCCCCAGAUACCCCUCGUAUCUCCUACAACCCCUACCAGAAGGACGCCGAAGCCCAUAUCUUACUUCAGUACUCCAAGACGAACAAAACCUGAUAUAAAGAAUGAGCUUCUCCCUGUUUCACCUAAAACAGCAUCUCCAACUAAAAGGCGAAGGAGCUCUAGAACACGGGAAUUAUCUUCCUCAACAAAUGCAGUUUACCUAGAUCUGACCAAAGAAACUAAUCUGGGCUCACCCUGGACAGACAAAAGCCCCACAAAAAGUCCAAUAAUAAAUACCCGGACCGAUACCGAAAGAGACACAGCAAUUGACGAUGAGGUGCUAAUAGAUAAUUGA